AGGGUAGCAAGAGUAACACUCCUAGCUUACAAGACCCAGCACACGGGCCAUUUUUUGAAGGAAAGAGUAGGCUAGUACUUUUUAAAAACACGGGUGGUAAAUCUACAGAGAUUCGCCUUUUCCAUGCUUAUUUGAGUGUCUGAACUGGCUCGGUUGAUAAUAACUAGAGCUAAGUUACAACCUGCAUACCUAGCUAGCUACAAUGGCUAAUGCCGUCAGGCAGAAUUUCCAUUCACAGCUCCGUUCUGUUGUCGAUAUAUUGGCUGUAACGGCAGUAAAAGAAAUCUCUAAACUUGUGGAUGACGAAUUUGCGAUCUUGCACCUGGAAAUUUCACGAGGCCAGAAAGAGAAUGAAGCGCUUAAAUACGAACUACAGACGAUGGAGCUUCAGAUUGGGCGAGGAUGUGUGGAGGAGUCGGAUUUGCGAGAGCGGCUCGCCAACUGUCACUGCCGCGGUGUUCAACCCGAACGUAUGGACGUGCCAAAGAUGGACGCAGAACACCCAUCUAAGCACGAGAACACUCCCACACCAUCUACUGACAUGAGGACAGAGUGUGCAGACACGGAGGAGGGAAGGACUGAAUGGGUUCUUAUAAAGGAGGAGAGAGUGGAAGAGGACAGAGGCCCACAGGGAGAGAUGAACUCCAGGGAGGAGAAAUCUGUGGAGUGGAGGGCAGGCAGCAGGGAAAAGCGUCCCGUUCAAGAAACGCAGAAUAAAGCAGCGAAUCACACAGAGGAGCUCACUGAACAGCACAGGACCAGACGCGGUGUUUGGGAGGUCAGUGGACUGGAACCUGCACUUAAAACAGAGCCAGAGACAGAGAGUGCCAAGACCCUUCAGCACACAGGAUGUGAGCAGAGCACAGGAAGACUCCACAGUUCCUGUCCUGAGUACUUAACGUGUGAGAGAACUAGUCAACUGAGGACUUUCUGUACACAGGGGGCUGGAGAAACAGAGGCUGAUGUUCCCUCCUGCUCUUAUGCUACAGAAAGCAGCUCUGAGAGCCUGUCCGUUCACUCAGGGCUGCAGUCACUUCCUCCCCCAGGGAAAGGUGCUGGCAGUAAUCUGUCAUUGGGGCCUCUGGAUGUUGAACCAGAGGUUGUAAUGGUAGACUCUGCACCGUCAGAAGAGGAGGCUGAGAUGCUCUCUGAUUGGAAUGAAGAGAUAAAUUCAGAAAAUACUCCAGCACAGCACAGAUAUUACAGGCAGGAGAGACCGUUUAACUGCCAACAUUGUGGAAAAGACUUUGCUCAUUUAUCCAAUUUGAAAAUUCACAGGAGAGUCCACACAGGAGAGAAACCGUACACAUGCACAGUGUGUCAACAGCAAUUUUCACGUUCAAGUAAUCUUAAAAGACAUUUCAGAGUUCACACACGUGAAAAGCCAUUUAGUGCUGGCAGUAGUCUGUCAUUGGGGUCUCUCGAUGUGGAACCAGAGACUGUAAUGAUAGACUCUGAACCAUCUGAAGAACAGGCUGAGAUGCACCCUGCAUGGAUUGAAGAGACCAUUUCAGAAGAUAUUCCAGCACAGCACAGAUAUUACAGUCAGGAGAGACAGUUUUGCUGCCAAGAGUGUGGAAAACGCUUUCCUCAUUUAUCCAAUUUCACAAUUCACAUGAGAGUCCACACAGGAGAGAAGCCGUACACAUGCACAGUGUGUCAACAGCAAUUUUCACGUUUAAGUAAUCUUAAAAGACAUUUCAGAGUUCACACACAAGAAAAGCCAUUUCAUUGCACUCAUUGCGAUAGGUGUUUUUCUUGUUCAGGUAAUCUUAAAAAACAUCUGAGAAUUCACAGAGAUUGACCAUUCAGAUCAUCUUGUGGAAGAAUGUUUGCCUCAACCUUCAACAACACAGGAUCAGCAGCAACGUGUAUCACUGUAACGGACUGCAAAAAGAAUGUCCUUGUAUAUAUACAUUUUCUGUAUGAAAUAAACUUGUCGAUUGGACUUUUAUUUUGA